AAAUGACAGACACCAGCUCGGUGGUCCUGAUCCCGGAGAGCAAGCUGAACCACAGCGGGCGCUUCAUCAUCAACGCAGAGAACGCCGCCGGACACAAGCUGCUCAAAGUGCGCGUCACCGUGCUCGACCUGCCCGGGGCCCCCAGAGACCUGAAGGUGAGCGACGUGACUCGAGGCACCUGUAGAUUCACCUGGAAAGCUCCAGAGAGCGAUGGAGGAGAGAGGGUGAAGAGCUACUUCAUCGAGAAGAAGGCGGUCAACGGGAAGGCCUGGACCAAGGUGAACCCGGCCUGUGCAGCCCAGUCUCUGGUGAUCCCAGACCUCAUCAACGGACAGGAGUACAUCUUCAGGAUCCGAGCAGAGAACCGCUUCGGCUUCGGACCCCUGGCUGAGACCGAGCAGCCCACCAAGGCCACCGACCCCAUCCACCCCCCCGACCCCCCCACCAGGCUGAAGAUCAGGAGCGUGAGGCGGGGGGCCGUCUCUCUGACCUGGAGGGCCCCGAGGAACGAUGGAGGGGCCCCGGUGACUCACUACAGUGUGGACCUGCUCUGCUGGGAGGCCAGCGGGGCCGCCAAGGACUCCUGGAGGAGGUGCAACAGGAGAGACGUGGACACCACCAGCUACCGGGUGGAGGACCUGACGGAGGGUGAUGAGUACGAGUUCAGGGUGAUGGCCCACAACGAGGCGGGCCAGAGCCGGCCCUCCAACACCGUGGGACCCAUCCUGCUGCAGGACCAGACCUGCGCUCCGUCCAUCGAUCUGAAGGAGUUCAUGGAGGCGGAGCAGCGCUCCGACAUCAGCAUCGUGGCGAAGGUGCGCGGUUGCCCCUUCCCCACCCUCACCUGGUACAAAGCGCCCGCCCACCACCCCGAGCAGCGGGUGGAGGUCUCGUACGACGAGCACAUCAACAAGGUGGUGAGCGACGACAGCUGCACGCUCCUCAUCCAGCAGGGGAAGAGAGCCGACACCGGACUCUACACCCUGAUCGCCUCCAACAGCGUCGGGAAGGCCUCCGCAGAGAUGAGGCUCAACGUGCUGGUUGCUCCUGAGGUUGACCUGGAUGCCUCGGUGAAGGAGAGGAUGGUAGUCCACGCCGGCGGAGUGAUCCGGAUCAUUGCCUACGUGUCGGGCCAGCCGGCCCCCGAGGUCACAUGGACUCGAGAUGGUGCCGCGCUGCCUCUAGAGGCAGUGGUGGAGACGACCGGCAUCAGCUCGUCUCUGGUCAUCAAACCCUGCACCAGGAAGCACCUAGGCGUCUACACGCUGACCGCCAAGAACGCCGGCGGAGAGAAGACCAAGAACAUCACUGUGGAAGUCCUGGACGUCCCCGGGCCUGUGGGAAUCCCCUUCAGUGCGGAGAACCUGAGCAGCGAGUCCUGUAAACUCAGCUGGUUCUUCCCGGAGAACGACGGAGGCUCACCAAUCAGCAACUACAUUGUGGAGAAGCGUGAGGCCGAGCGUAAGGCCUGGACCGCCGUGUCCUUCACUGCCAGCCGGCAGAACGCCGUGGCUCAGGGCCUCACCACCGGCAAGUCCUACUUCUUCAGAGUCGCCGCCGAGAACGCCAUUGGGCUCGGACCCUUCAUGUGCACCGCCGCCGAGAUCCUCAUCAAAGAACCCAUGAGUGUGCCGGACCGCCCUGAGGAGCUGGAGGUCACCAAGGUCACCAAGGACCUGAUCAGCGUCACCUGGAAAGCCCCGAAGUUCGACGGCGGCUCGGAGAUUAUCAUGUACAUGCUGGAGGCGCGCAUGAUCGGCAAAGACAAGUUCAGCCGUCUGACCAAAGACGCUCUGAUGGAGAGGAAGUUCACGUUCGACGGUCUGCGGGAGGGCGACACCUUCGAGUUCAGGGUCAUCGCCGUCAACGAGGUCGGGCCCAGCAAGCCGUCCUUCGGCACCAAACCUAUCACCUGCAAGGACGAGCUGGAGCCGCCCACCAUCGAGCUGGACUUCCGCGAUACGAUCGUGAUCCGUGUGGGCGAGAGCUGCCUGCUGCAGGGCCGCUAUACCGGGAAACCAUCCCCGUCCAUCCUGUGGUACUGCGAGGAUGAGGAGCUGAAGGCCGACAAACACGUGAUGUUCAAGAACACGCUGACCACCAUGUCUCUGGGCCUGAUGAAGGCGCAGCGCAGACACAGCGGCAGAUAUGUAGUGGUGGUGGAGAACAGCACCGGCUCCAGGAAAGGGGUCUGCAACAUCACCGUGGUCGACCGCCCAACCCCCCCUGUCGGCCCCGUGGUGUUUGAGGAGGUGCACAGGGAGUUCAUGGUGGUCUCCUGGAAACCUCCUCUGGACAGCGGCGGCGUAGACGUCUCCAACUACAUCAUCGAGCAGAGAGACACCAACCGCGAGGCCUGGACCACUGUCACCUCCGCCAACACCAAGACCUUCUGCAAGAUCCCGAAGCUGACGGAGGGCCGUGAGUACAUCAUGAGGAUCUCUGCGGAGAACAUGUACGGCAUCAGCGACCCGCUGGAGUCCGAGGAGAUGAGAGCCAAAGAUCUGUUCAGGGUCCCUGAGGCCCCCGAGAUGCCCACGGUCAGGGAGGUGUACGCCACCAACGCCCUGGUGCUGUGGACCCGGCCCCGCGACGGAGGAAAGCCCAUCACCAACUACAUCCUGGAGAAGAAGGAGCCUGCCGCCAAGAGAUGGUCCCGGGUCACCAGGGAGCCGCUGUACCCCGCCACCCAGUACCGCGUGCAGGACCUGGUGGAGGGCUGCGAGUACGAGUUCAGGGUGAUGGCCGAAAAUGAGCUGGGCACCGGGGACCCCAGCCUCCCCUCCAAACCCAUCCUCGCCAAGGACCCCAUCGUGUGCCCCAGCCCCCCCGUGACCCCCGAGUCCUACGACAAGACCAAGGACUCAGUAAGCCUGAGGUGGAAGAUGCCUCGCCACGACGGGAAGGGUCGUAUCUUCGGCUACCUGGUGGAGUACCAGAAUCCCGGCGCCGUGGAGUGGCUUCCGGCUAACGAGACCCCGGAGCAGUGCCCCGACCUUCACUACGUGGUGACGGGCCUGGAGGACGGAAAAGAGUACAACUUCAGGAUAUUCACAGUCAACGCCGCCGGCAAAUCUGACCCCGCGUUUGUUAAGACCAGCGUCAAAGUGCACGACAGGAUGGAGGAACCUGAGCUGCUGCUCGAUGCCAACAUGGCGCGGGACCACCUCGCCAUGCUGGGAUCCGACAUCACGCUGAGCGCCACCAUCAAGGGAGUGCCCACGCCCACCGUCAGUUGGAAGAAGGAUGACGGAGACGUCCCCGCUCACAUCACCGUGGCCGUCACUGCCAGCGGCAGCAAGGUCUUCAUCCCCAAGAGCACCCGCGCCGACUCCGGCAACUACACCCUCACCGCGGAGAACGCCGUCGGCAAGAAGUCCAUCACCGUGGCCGUGCUUGUUCUCAACAAGCCUUCCCCUCCUAGAGACCUGGUGAUCUCCGAGAUCACCAGCGAGUCCGCUUACCUGACAUGGAAGGCCCCCGAGGACAACGGUGGCGCUGUCAUCUCGCACUACGUGGUGGAGAAGAAGGACGUGGCGUCCGACCAGUGGGUCCCCGUCUCUGCAUCCAAUAAGAAGCCCAGUCUGAUGGCGCUGUACCUGAUGGAGGGAAUCCAGUACCUGUUCAGAGUGGCUGCUGAGAACCAGUUUGGCAAAAGCGCCUACGUGAUGACCCGGACCCCCAUCAAGGCCCUAGACCCACUCUACCCCCCCGGCCCCCCCAAGAACCUGCACCACACUGAUGCAGAUAAGACGGAGGUGUGGCUGGCCUGGGAGUGGCCCGAACGCACCGGGGGCAGCGAGAUCACCGGCUUCAUCGUGGAGCACCAGGAGGACGGCCAGACCGACUGGGUCCCCUACAAGACCGUCAGCGACAACCACGCCCACGUCACCAAGCUGAUGGAGGGCAAGACCUACCGCUUCAGGGUCAAGUCCCAGAACGCCAUCGGCGUGAGCCGGCCCGACACUACCGUCCCCAUCACCUGCCAGGAAAAGACAUUGCCACCAACUAUUGAAGUUGAUGUGAAGCUCAUCGAGGGUCUUGUGGUCAAAGCUGGCACUCCUAUUGCCCUGCCGGCUAAGAUGACCGGUAUCCCCACUCCCACGGCCAAAUGGAUGAGCGAUGGCAAGGAAGUUGUAUCUGAAGGACGCUUCAACAUUGAGACUGUUGGAUGCUCCACCAUCCUCAGCAUCCCACAGACCCAGAGAGGAGACACCGGAGAGUACCUUCUCACCGUGGCCAAUCCCUCAGGAAGUAAGACCGUCGCUCUGCACGUCACUGUGCUGGAUCUCCCCGGGCCACCCAUCUCACCCAUCAACAUCUUGGAAGUCACCCCGGAUUACAUGAUGAUCCAGUGGAGGGCACCCAAGGAUGAUGGUGGCACGCCCAUCAUAAACUACGUGGUGGAAAAGAAGGAUGUGAAGAAGCCGUGGGAGCCCUGGUCCGUGGUUAGCUCCGGCGGCACCAGCACCAAGGCUAAGGUGUCCCGGUUGGAGAAGGGUCGUGAGUACAUCGUACGCGUCCGAGCAGAGAACAAGAUUGGCCUUGGUGCAGGGCUCGAGAGUCCUCCCACUAUUGCCAAGCACAUGUUCAACCCUCCCGGUCCUCCAGGCCCGCCAGAGUGCUCUGAUAUCACAGAGAACGCUGUGACAGUGGAGUGGACCCUGCCGGACUACGAUGGAGGCAGCCCCAUCAGUGGAUAUGUGAUUGAACGCAGAGAAAUGACAGGAAAGUGGAUCCGUGUCAACAAGACUCCUGUGCUGGACCUCAGAUACAGAGUCUCAGGCCUGUUUGAAGGCAACAGCUACGAGUUCAGAGUGUUUGCAGAGAAUGUUGCCGGUAUCAGCGGGCCUUCUAUGAACUCCAACCCUGUAAAGGCCACUCGUGCCAUCACUAAACCUGGACCCCCUGGCAAUCUUAAACUGAAGGACUGGAGCAAGUCCUAUGCAGACAUCUGCUGGACCAAGCCUAACAGAGACGGAGGCACUCCUAUUCUAGGCUAUGUGGUCGAGGUUCAGAAGUCAGGGUCCGCUCAAUGGGACAGAAUCUCUAAGGACCUUAUCAAGAUGUGCGCCUUCAGAGUGCAAGGCUUCAUUGAAGGAAUGGAGUACAGGAUCCGCAUCAAAGCCACCAACAAGGUAGGAGACAGUGAACCCAGGGAACUGACUGAGACCGUCUUAGCUAAGGACAUUUUGGUUCCCCCUGAGGUUGUUGUUGACGCAUCCUGCCGCGACUCUCUGACAGUCCGGGCAGGCCAGAUCAUAAGUUUGAUCACCAGGGUGAAGGGACGACCAGACCCAGAGAUCACAUGGACCAAAGAUGCCAGAGCCAUGGCCCGGGACAGACGCACCGAGAUUAACAACAACUACCCAAUGUGUGAACUCGUCAUCAACGAGGCCGUCAGGUCAGACUAUGGUAAAUAUGCCAUUCUCGCCAAGAACAGCAGUGGACAAGCACAGGCCACCAUUAUCGUCAAUGUCCUGGACACACCAGGACCUUGCCAGAACCUAAGAGUGGCCUACGCCACAAAGAAGUCCUGCAUGGUGUCCUGGGAAAACCCAGAGGACAACGGAGGCACAGAGAUCAAUCAGUACAUUAUUGAGUGCCGUCAGCCCAGCCAGAGAGCAUGGACUGUAGUCGCCAAUGACUGCACCAAGCGCCAGAUGAAGGCCCCUCUAACUGAAGGCUGUGAGUACUUUUUCCGUGUCAGCGCAGAGAACAAGAUCGGUGCUGGUCCAGCCAUUGAGUCCAAAGAGCCUGUGCUGGCAGUGGAUCCCAUCGAGAAGCCCGGUGAACCAAUUGACUUCCAUAUCGCUGAGAUCGGCAAGGACUUCUGCUUCCUCAAGUGGAAGAAGCCUGACUACGACGGUGGUAGCCGUAACAUUGCUUAUCAUGUUGAGAAGAAGCCAAAGGAGGCUGAGGAGUGGGAGAGGCUUCACAAGGGCGCUAUCAAGGAGACCUACUUCAUGGCUGACAGGUGCAUUGAAAACCAGUUGUACCAGUUCAGAGUACAGACGAAGAACGAGGGGGGCGAGAGCAACUGGGUGACUACACCUGAAGUCCUGGUAAAGGAACAGCUUGUGGAGCCUGAGGUCAAGAUCAAACUGGACGCAACACUCGUGGUCAAGGCAGGAGACUCCUUUCAUAUCGAGGCGAUAGUGAAGGGCAAACCCCAGCCUGUAAUCAAAUGGAACAAAGACGAGGAAACCCGCGAGAUAAGGAAGGGCCUCAGGCAUACGCUGGAAUCUGGAACCGACUUCUCAAAGCUGCUGAUAACCGCUGCCAGACGCACAGACAGUGGUAAAUAUCUUGUCACUGCCUCCAACAGUGCAGGAACCGCCUCUGCUCAUGCUAAGGUUAAUGUCUUAGAUAGACCCGGCCCCGUCAUGGAUCUGAAGGUGUCUGGUAUCACCACUGACAGGUGCCAUCUGUCCUGGGAAGUCCCAGAGGAUGAUGGCGGCUGCGAAAUCUACAACUACAUUAUUGAGAAAUGUGAAACCAAGAGGGGAGUCUGGUCAGUCCACUCUAACGCCAUCAUCACCAACAAAGCUAAAGUCACUCGGCUCAUCGAGGGCAACGAGUAUAUCUUCAGAGUCCGUGCUGAGAACAAGAUGGGUCCUGGGCCCGCGGAGGAGAGUGAAGCCAUCGUGGCCGGCACCCAGUUCAAUGUACCUGGCGCUCCGGAGGCACCAGAGAUCACCAAGAUCGGCAAGCAUGAGAUGACGGUGGAGUGGUCUGAGCCCGAAAAGGACGGCGGAAAGUCCAUCAUCGGUUAUCUGUUGGAGAAGAGGGAGGAGCACGCCGUGAGGUGGUCUCCUGUCAUCAAGGAACCAAUCCCUUCAACACGUUACACCGUGACCGGACUCCUGCCCCUCCACGAUUACCAGUACAGAGUCAAGGCGGUUAAUGAAAUUGGCAUUGGCGGCGCAAGCAAGCCUUCACUCGCCAUCACCGCCAAGGACACAGUUGAGCCUCCAGCACCUCCCACCAACCUGAAGGUCGUGGACAGCACAAAGUCUAGCGUCUCUCUGGGCUGGACCAAGCCUGUGUCCGACGGUGGGGCUCCCAUCAUCGGAUACGUUGUGGAGUUGAGACUGCAUGGAAGCACCAAGAAAGGAGACGACGGCUGGAAGAGGUGCAACGUGGCGGCUCAGCUGGUGGUGUGCGAGUUCACCGUCUCCAGUCUGGACCAACAGAAUUUGUACGUGUUCAGGGUCUCGGCCCAGAACCAGGUCGGCAUGAGCCUGCCCUGCCAACUGGAGGCACCUGUGAUCCCCAAGGAGAUCCUAGAGGCUCCAGAAGUAGAACUUGACGCAAACCUGAAGCGGGGCCUGUCGGUUCGAGCCGGCUGCCCCAUCAGGCUGUGCGCCACCGUCAGAGGACGACCCCCUCCUACAGUUAGCUGGAGGAGGAUGGGCCUGGACAAUGUGGCGAGGAAAGGGAAGGUGGACAUCAUCGACACCAUGACCUUCCUAAUCAUCCCCGACAGCACACGCAACGACUCGGGCAAAUACUGCCUGUCGGUGCGCAGCCCGGCGGGAGAGAAGGCCCUGUUCGUCAACGUCAAGGUUCUGGACACCCCGGGCCCCGUGAUGAACCUGGAGGCCACCGACAUCAAGCAGACCUCCGCCAACCUGUCCUGGAGUCCUCCGGAGAUGGACGGAGGCAGCGAGAUCACGCACUACGUGGUGGAGAAACGUGAGAUCGAUCGCAAGACGUGGGCGACGGUGAAGGCCGAGGUGGAGAAGGACAAGGUUCCCUUCAAAGUCAGCGGCCUGGUGCCCGGCACCGAGUACUACUUCAGAGUCACGGCCGUCAAUGAGUACGGACCCGGGGUCCACAAAGUGAGCCCCACCUCCUACGUGGCCUCCGAUCCCGUCAGUAAGCCCGAUCCCUGCGAGAAGAUCGAGGUUAUGGAGAUCACGAAGAACAGCGCCAUGGUUGGCUGGGUGAAGCCGUCGAGGGACGGCGGGGCCAAGAUCGACGGCUACGUGAUUGAAUACAUUGAAGUGAAGCCUCCACCCGAGCCUCCCGCACCAGUGGAGGUUGCAGAGGGUGAGGAGGCUCCUCCCCCACCUCCCCCUGUGGAGGAGGAUGAGGAUGAGGAGCCGGAGAAGGAGGUGUGGAGCGCCUACACCACGGUGAAGGGUCUGAGCAUCAGUAUCAGCGGCCUGAAGGAGAGCAAGAAGUACAAGUUCAGAGUCGCCGCCAAAAACGUAAUGGGCCAGAGCUCCUUCACCGAGACCCGCGAGGCCGUGGAGAUCAAGGAGCAGAUCCUGGAGCCGAAGAUCGUGAUGCCGGAGACGGUCAGUGCCAGAGCCGGAGCCAAGCUCAGGGUGGAGGCGCUGGUCUCAGGUAAACCCUCCCCGACCUGCAAGUGGAUGCGUGGCGAAGACGCCGUGGUGCCGUCCAGCCGUCUGGCCGUGCACAAGUCCGGGAACAUGUGUGUUCUUAUCAUCAAAGACGUGUCGAGGACAGACAGCGGCGAGUACAGCCUGGUGGCUGAGAACAUCUCCGCCAGGGUCGUGGAGUCCAUGAAGAUCAUCAUCAGAGACAUCCCCGGACCUCCCGAGGGCCCGGUGGUGAUCAGCGACAUCGACGCGGAUGCCUGCUCUCUGGCCUGGAACAAGCCGCUGGAGGAUGGCGGCAGCAACAUCACUAACUACGUGGUGGAGAAGUGCGACCUGAGCCGUGGAGACUGGGUGACGGCCACCUCUUCCGGAGGCCAGAAGACCAGCUGCCGGCUCGGGAAGCUCAUCCCUGGGAAGGACUACGCGUUCCGCAUCCGGGCGGAGAACCGCUUCGGAAUGUCGGACCCCAUGCAGUCCGAAAGGAUGGUGGCCAAGUUCCCCUUCGAUGUUCCAUCGGAGCCGCUGGACUGCCGCAUCAACAAGUGCAACAAGGACUGCAUGUUCGUGGCGUGGGACAAACCGGAGACCGACGGCGGCAGCCCCAUCACCGGUUACUACAUCGAGCGCAAGGAGAGGAACAGCCUGCUGUGGGUGAAAGCCAACGACUGCGUGGUGCGCUCCACAGAGUACCCGUGUGCCGGCCUCAUCGAGGGCCUGGAGUACACCUUCAGGGUGUCGGCCAUCAACCGCGCCGGGCAGGGCAAACCCAGCAAGAAGACCGACUUUGUGACGGCCAGGACGCCUAUCGACACCCCGGGGAAACCCGAGGUUCUGGACGUCACCAAGAACUCUGUGGUUCUGGUUUGGACGCGUCCAAAGAACGACGGCGGCAGUAAGAUCAUUGGUUACUACGUGGAGACGCUGCGUCUGCCCGGAGACAUGUGGCUGCGCUGCAACACCAGCAGCCAGAACUGCCCGCGGGAGGAGUACACGGUGACGGGCCUGGAGCGGGACCUUCAGUACCAGUUCAGGGUCAUCGCCAAGACCACCGUCAACGUCAGCAAGACCUCCGAGCCCAGCGACCCGGUGCUCGUCUGUGCAGAGAAUG